CACUGUUUCGCCGUUUUGCACCUGCUUUUACGGACACCGCGUCGACAUAGUGCAGAUUCGUGACAAUAUAACGCGUGGAUCCGCGUCGCUUUGCUCCCUCUCUCUAUCGGCUGAGUGCGAUACUUGAACAUUUGCUUAUCGUAAUGGAGAUAGGGGAGGUUUGUACUCAAGGUCAUUGAGUAUUUUAAGGCUAUAUUUGUUAUUUACACACAUAUCUGCGCGCACACAAACACAUAGCGCUAUCUUCACGUUAUAGCGCAGCGUCCAGUUCUCAGUCCUCUGUGUGUUAUUUUGUUAUUAGGCGCUGCAGCGAGCGUUUAACUGAGCACCUACUGUGGAGUUAUAUUUAUCUCGCUUUUUGACACUACAAGCUCCCUCUGACAACAUGGAUGGCAAAUUGAAGCCGGGCAGGAGAUGCCGGUCCAAGCGGGAGAGGGUGCGGAGGUUGCGGGAGGCAGGAAGCAGAGACGCCCGCAGCCCCGACCCCAACUCCUCCUGCUCCGACAGGGAGGGACACAGUCCGGGGAGGGACGCCGCCUCCCUGCCCGGUAAGAAGGCGCCGCACCCCGCAGCCGCCGCCAGAGCACCGCGUCCCCCCCGGCGGAAGAGACGCGAGUCCAGCUCUCAGGAGGAGGAUAUCAUUGAUGGAUUUGCUAUCACCAGUUUCAUCAGCCUGGACCGUCUGGAGAAGAAGGCCGGAGUCGUGAAGACGCAGGAGAAGAAGGAGCGGUGGAAGGAGAAAAAGGUAGCGAAGCGGCAGAAGGAAGACGAGGAGGUGGGUGAGGAGGAGGAGAAUGUGCAGCCGGUGGUGGAUCCGCUGGAGAACGGCUUCCUUCAUCACGCCCAGCGGGAGCAGGAGAGGAUGAACGAGAGGCUGCUGAAGAGGACCUACUCCAAGAAGAACAAAAUGAUCAAACCUUUGGCCCUACGUCCGGUCAAAGUCAGCGAGGACGAGAAGGUCCAGGAGCUCAACCGACCGCACAGGAGCAAUUCCAAAGAGCAGCUCAGCGAGAGUUCCACUCACUCGCUGUCAGGCCACGGCUACUCGGUGCAGCCAGCAGCAGUGGCCCUCUUCAAGUGUGACAGCGAGAGUGACAUUGACGACAAGGUGUCUGAUGUAGGUUCAGAGAAGCUCUUUUCCCCCACCACACCCAAAGGUGUGCCAACGAAUGAGAGUCCCGAGUCCAAGACUUGUAGCUCAGCCAAAGUUUCAGGUCUUCAGCGUAGCCAGGAGCAAAGCCACAGUGAGGUGCUCUUCACGCCUCCCGUGCCCAGCCCCACCCCGGCUUCGGCGCCUACGGGCUCCCCUGCACCGGCUGCAGCGGCGGCCCCCCUCGAGCCCCCUAGGUCGCGCCUCCCCAGCCCGCCUCCUCUCAGUGUCAAGAAGGAACAGCCACCUCCGCCCCCUAUCCCUACCCCUCCCCUGUUGAGGGCACAACCCCACCCCCAGCUCCACCCUCCUCACCCACACCCUCACCCUCACCCUCACCCUCACCCUCACCCUCACCCUCACCCUCACCCACACCCUCACCCACACGCACAUCUGGAGUCUCGUGUUCUACCGCCCCCGCAGCACCACGCACGGCCAGUAAUCAGCCACCAGGUGCAUCACCCGCUGUACAGCAGCCUCCACGACAUCAGCCACAGGAGCAGUCCAGUGGGUCUUCCCAAACAGCACUUGCCCCCCUCCCCUCACCAUCACCUCAGUGGGCUCCCCUCAUCGGCCCCCGCCUUGCCUCUGUCCAUAGCUAACCUCUCUACCUCGCACUAUUCCUCCCUGAGGAGCCCGGCCCAUCGCCAUUCGGCCAUGUUUGCAACCCCAGCCACACUGCCGCCACCACCAACCUUACCGACCAACAGUUUAGUGGUGCCUGGGCACCCCGCUGGCACCCCCUACCCAGAGCAUGACCUCCUGAGGCAAGAGCUGAACAACCGCUUCCUGGUUCAGAGUUCAGAGCGGGGCCGGGGGCCAUCCGCCUCCCCGCUGGCCCCCGUGUCGCUCCUGAGGGCCGAGUUUCACCAACAUCAGCACAUGCACCAGCACCAACACACCCACCAGCACACCUUCACGCCCUUCCCCGCCAGUCUGCCCCCGGCCGCCAUCCUCACCCCGCCCACCGCACCCCCCAUGGUGCGUACACAAGCCAGAAAUUUCGACAAAUACACCCCCAAACUGGACAAUCCAUUCAUCAGACAUUCAAACUUCUUCCCCUCCUAUCCCCCCACCAUGCCAGGCAUGCCCCCGCUGCUCCCACACUCAGGACCCUUCAGCUCGCUGCAAGGAGCCUUCCAGCCCAAGUCAUCUAAUCCCAUCGAUGUAGCGGCUCGUCCUGGAGCAGUGCCUCACACACUCCUACAGAAGGAUCCACGGAUAACAGAUCCAUUCAGGACAUCUGUUAGGAAACCUGGCAAGUGGUGCGCAGUGCAUGUCCAGAUCGCAUGGCAGAUCUACCACCACCAGCAGAAAAUGAAGCAAAUGCAGCUGGAUCCGCACAAACUCGACAUGAAUGGGAAGCUGGACCUGUUCAGUCGACCCCCAGCUCCUGGAGUCUUCCCAGGGUUCCCAUACCCUCACGACUUGGCACGACCCCUCUUCUCUUCCACAGGCUCCAGCCAUCCAGCUCCUUCUCCAUACGGCCCCGCACCCCAUCCCGGCGGCUUCCUGCCUCCUAGCCAUUUGGCAGGUAAGUAUCCUUUCAGUCGCUCCAGUUCCUAUGGCGGCCUCGGCAACCUUUCAAGCAGUGCCUUCGGAGGAUUAGGCAACCCCUCGCUUGGGUCCAACAAUAUGUUUGGCACCAAGGAGGGGCCAGGAGGACUGCCCACGUUUGGCAGCCCCCACCACGACACCUGGAACCGACUUCGACGCACCCCACCGUCUUUCCCCACCCCACCGCAGUGGCCCAAAACCGCAGAUGCCGAGAGAAGCAGCUCAGCCAACAGCCAUGAGAGAGAGAGGGAGAGAGAGCGGGAAAGAGAGAGAGAACGGGAGAGGGAACGAGAGAAAAGAGACUCGUCCAUUGGGAAGGAGGAGAAGGAUAAAGACAGGGAUUCUGUGGAUCGCAACCGCCACUCCAACCGUUCGUCUCCAGCCUCUGCACCCGUCAGCUAUCAGAUCAGCAACCUGAUUCGCUCUAACAGCCAGAACUCCAGUGAUUCGGGUCGACAUCACAGCGGCAGUGUGGAUCGGGUCCGAGAGGCCGAGAAGGAGCUGCUGGAGCGCCACAGAGAGUCUUCCACGCUGGCUGACGUGAAGGUGAAGGAGAGCCGAUCACCCAGCAAGGAGAUGUUAGAGAGGAGGUCGUCUGAAGACUCCAUCAAACCCAUUCAGCGUUCUCCCUCUCCGUACUCUAAAGUGGUGCUCAGUGAGCAGGGACUAAAAAUGGCAGGUGGGCCCCCACCUACUCUCAAGGACAGCGAGAGGAAAGAGCCCCCACCCGUGGAGCUCCUCCACAAGGUGAAAAAUGACAUGAAGAUUAAGGAGGAGAGGAAGGAGGAGCAGGAGGUCAUGGUGGUGAGUUCUGAGCCCGCCCCACAACCUCAAGCCCAAAGUCUUCCUGUUCCCAUGAACCAACCUGGAAACCCACACCACCACCACCCACCUUUGUCCCAGCACCCCCUUCCCUCACCUCGUGGCAAUGACAUGCCAGUACCUGGCCUGCACGGAGUCCCUAUGGCUCACUCCCUCCCCCUCUCCAUGGGCGGCAUGCCUCAGAUGGGCAGCCUCAACGUGCUGGACCGGGCUCGCAUGGCUCCCUUCAUGGGAGUGAGUCCUCUGGCAGGAAGAGAGCGCCUGCCCCAUCCGGCCUUUCCUUGGGACCCUCUCAGAGAGGCGUACCGCAGCCUGGACCUGCAGCGGCGCAUGGACUUCCAGCUCAGGGCGGAGCAGGGACACCGUUUCCAGAGUGUUUACGAGCAGGAACGAGCCUACAGAGAGAGGGAGGCUCACGACUACUCCCACCACGAGCACCUAAUGGAGGUGCGCAGGGAGCACGAGAGGAUGAGACAGCAGGCGGAGGAGCGAGAGCGCCUCCACCUGAGAGAGGAGCUGGACAGAGCUCGCCUCCAUCAGCUGCACCAGUCCCCCAUGGAAGGCCAUCUACCCCACAUGCCCCCCUUUAUGCCCCACCUAGGUGGCAUGCCCUACCCCAGACUCAGCCCCUCCACAGGACACAACGGCCCCCUGAACAGAACACCACCCACUGCUGCACUCAGUGCUCCCCCGCCCCUCGUGCCAGCUGGCAGUGCCAGGCCAGCCUCACCCAGGAGGACUACCCCCCUCACUGCCACCCAGGACCCAAGAGACUACUCCCCAUCUCGCAACCCCAAAGAGGUAGAGGCUCGGUAGCUUCACAGAAAAGUGCACAAAAUCUCCUUGACGAACUUGCGCCCCUCUCCCCUCCCCUCCCCUAGUCUGAUAUCUUGUUCUGAACAAAAUGCACUGCUCCUCACUAAAGAGGGGCAACACUCCCUAAGGGAAAGGGUAUGAUUGUACAAAGUAAAGGUGUGUAAGGCUGAUUAAGCACAUGCCAUGACUUUAUUUUUAGUGGACUGGAGGUUGAAUUAUGUCGGUAACGAGAACACAAAUAUGUGUAUGUUUAAAUCCGACUUAAAUAUUUGAUAAUUAUUAAUAUAUUAAUCCAAUACUUUUUUCAGCUUUGUGCGAAAAGAGAGGUUCUGAAAUGAGUUUGUACAUUUGCUAUCCUUGUUCCAUGUAUAGAUAUCAUUUCUAUAAAUUUUAUGUAUUUCGUGCAUUCGUCACGCCUUUUACAAUAUUUAUCCCAGUUGAUUGUGAGACAUAUGCGUUAUGACCCACUGAAAAGACUGGACUUUCAACCUUCAGUAACUUAACCUCAUGGUACCAGGAUAUCCUCAAUGAUGACAAUGUACAAUGUUACAUUACCAAUAUGUUUUGUUCAUUUGUUUUGCCUUUGAGAUAUGCAGAUAAAUAUAUAUUAUGAGGUCUUUGUUCAGUCUCUGUAAAGAAAACUGGUGUAAAUAACUUGUUGAUAUUCCUUCGCUGCAAAAUGACUGUGUAAAUUUAUUAGUCUUUUUAACCGUUUCUAGAAAAACAAAAUGAAAUUAAACAUGGUGAGUCAAUUCCCUGUUGAAUAUCAAGACAACAAACAAGCCUGGCCAAUGAAAGGAAGGACAUGAGAGGGUGUUGUAAGGGGGCCUGGAAGGAUCAUCUGCAAUCUAUGCAAAGCAGCACACAGCACCCUAAUGAAGAGAUCACAUGGAGGGAGCAGACAAUACUGGUGAUACCGAGAGAAACUUGGAUUAACACAUGUUUAUAGUAUCAAUGAAAUAAUGAUGGGAUUAUUAAAAGACUUCCAAGUCACAAACUGGACCAGCCCCGGACAGAACAGAAGGACACUUUUCAGUGGGAGGCAAAAGGACUUUUCUCUGUCAAGCUUGUGGUGUUGUGCAGUUGUUUUUCUUAGACUCUUGUAUACAAAACAAGUAGAGUUUUAGGCGUGCAAAAAAAUGAAAAUGAACAUUCAUGGUUUAAAAUGUACGGAAUAAAGUUUGGACCUAAUGUCA